CGACUUCUGCUCACAGAAAAUAAUAACAGCACCCAACACCUUCACCCACCACUAACUUCAAACAUCAUGGCAGAUCUCAAGUCUCGGAAGAUCUCCUUCAUUGGAGGUGGCAAUAUGGCUGCUGCCAUCAUAUCGGGUCUGGUGUCCAAAGGAUUCGAGAAGAAGCAGGUCACAGUCUCGGAGCCAUGGGACGUCAACCGACAGAAGAUGGCAGAUCUUGGAGUCAACACCACAGCAAACAACACUGAAGCAGCGACCGGCGCAGAUAUCAUCAUCCUGGCCAUCAAACCUCAAGUGGCCAAGACAGUGUGCCAAGAACUUGCCGCAUCCGCUUUCUCAUCUGCAAAUCCUCAGCCUUUGGUCGUGUCCAUUGCCGCAGGCAUAACAAGCGCAAGUCUGAAGGACUGGUGCCGGACCAAGGAAGGAAACAGCCCGGCCAUCGUCCGCGUCAUGCCCAACACUCCUGCUCUACUCGGGGAAGGUGCGAGCGGUCUAUAUGCUGAGAAAGACGUUUCAGAGAAGCAGAAGGCUUUGGCUACUGCUUUGCUUCAGAGCGUGAGCCGAGCGAUCGAAUGGGUAGAAAAGGAAGAGCUACUGGAUGUAGUGACUGGACUCUCCGGCUCCGGGCCCGCCUACUUCUUCGCCAUGGUCGAACAUCUUGUCGCAAGUGCUACCAAGCUCGGCCUUUCCGAGGAACAGGCUACGAGGCUUGCCACGCAGACAUGUCUCGGCGCCGGGAAGAUGCUUGUGGAGGGCAAGGACUCUCCUUCCCAGCUCCGAAAGAAUGUCACAAGCCCGAACGGUACAACUCAGGCUGGUCUGGAGAGCUUCGAGGCCUCUGGCUUUGCAGCGAUUGUCGACAAGGCUGUAAAGGCUGCUACCGAAAGAGGAGAGGAGCUCGGCCGAACUUUAGGCAAUCAAUAGACGAAAAGUAUGAAAGAUUCGAUCCCCUUGUAUUCGCGUCCGAGGAGCGGCGAUCAGCAUGUAUCGAGAAGCAAGGCGGUCAUAUGCGUUGAUGUGGAGCCCCGCAGCGCGCGGCGUUCUAAAAGUUAUAAUACCUACAGCGACCAGACAAGAUGCCACUUUUGAUCAGCGAAAUCCCCACAGCGUGUCAGUGUAAGCCUCGG